GGUAUCAAUCAGCUCAUUUCGAGCCCACUUCCACAUCAGUGUUGGUAUCGUCCACCGUCCCAUCCAUGCGAGGCCGAUUUCCGGAAUGCCCCAAGACUAGCCGAUUGUCCUUGCUUGCAGGGUGCAUUUGGCCGCGGAGAGCAUGCUUGGGCUCGGCUAGCCGAAGAGUACCAGGUUGGAGGGGAAUAAAUUGUUGAUCAAGUACGGAGGCUCGCCGCUUCCCUUGCUGUACGAUCCUCAAAAGAGGCAAUCUUCCCAGCGACGCAGAGCCUCUCUACUACCUACUGCUCAACUCUUUUUUCACCAUGGUCAACGUCUUCGCUCCCCAGGUCUUCUUUAUUGUUUUUCGAGAAUGCCUGGAAGCCGUCAUUGUCAUUUCGGUCCUUCUCUCCUUUCUCAAACAAACCCUCGGGCAGCCGGAUCAAGAUCAGAAGAUAUAUAAACGCCUAGUCAAGCAAGUAUGGUGGGGGUCCAUACUGGGAAUCGUGAUAUGCCUGAUUAUCGGCGGUAUCUUCAUUGGGAUUUUCUACGGUUUGGGUCACAACAUCUGGGCUGAAUCCGAAGAUCUCUGGGAGGGUAUAUUCUAUCUCAUCGCCGCUAUCAUCAUCACUGCCAUGGGACUACCCCUUCUCCGUAUCAACAAGACCCAGGAAAAAUGGCGAGUGAAGAUUGCUCAGGCACUGGUCGAGCAAAAGAACAAGAAGCACUCUGUUGGCUCCUACCUCAGCAACUGGUCCAGACGCUAUGUCAUGUUCAUCCUACCGCUUAUCACGACUUUGCGGGAGGGCGUCGAGGCUGUGGUGUUCGUUGGCGGAGUUUCGCUAGGCCAGCCUGCCACGGCAUUCCCUAUUCCUGUGAUCACAGGGAUCUUGGCUGGUCUGGCCGUCGGGUUGAUUCUCUACCGUGGUGGUAACAUCCUGUCGAUCCAGAUCUUUUUGAUCGUCGCAACCAGCAUACUCUACCUCAUCGCCGCAGGCAUGUUCUCCAAGUCCAUCUGGAGUUUACAGUACCAUGUGUUUGCCAAAAAAGUCGGCAGCGAUGUCGCCGAGGCAGGAAACGGACCCGGAUCUUAUGACAUCCGGGAAACAAUUUGGCACGUCAACUGUUGCAAUCCAGAGACCGACAACGGUUGGGACGUGUUCAAUGCGGUUCUCGGGUGGCAGAAUACCGCGACGUAUGGAUCCGUCAUCUCGUACAUCAUGUACUGGGUCUUCAUCGUCUUCUGCGUCUUCUGUCUCUUGUACGAGGAGAAGACUGGCUCCCUGCCCCUCAAGAAGCAAAUUGUGUCCUUUUUGCUCAAGGUUCCUGGCGUCAGGACCUAUGUCAAACGCAAACAGGCCUUGACCACGGAGCAAGCCGACGACGUCAUCAGGCAGGGACAGGAUCACCUUCGAGAUCAACAGACCCUCCAAGAAUCGGAUGUUCACGCUAUUUCACCCGAGCAACACUCCGAGGUCCAGAAGUGAGUCAAAAACGUCCUGAUAGCUACCUCUUGCUUGUUGUCAAACGGGAGAUUAUUCUUUUACAUUUGUGGUUGUUUGGGGCUACAUUGUAACUCCGGUAGCAUGUCUCAAAGUCCAAUAUGCCCGGAAUGGAAACUGAAUCAAAUAUAUGUUAGCAUCAUCUGUAGUAGUAGAAAUACAAAGAUCUUGCCAAAUUCC